AUAAACUUGAUCAUUUACAGGAAUGGGUUAUCUUGUCAACUCGUCAUCAACAAUGAGUGAUUUUAUCCACGAUAACUUGAGAAUAAAAUAUCACAGUGUCCAUCUAUCAUAUCUAUCCAAAACAAUCAAGGCAGGAGUUGAUGUGAGGGGUUACUUCAUUUGGUCAUUUCUUGAUAACUUUGAAUGGGGUCAGGGUUAUACUAAUCGAUUUGGCAUCACUUAUGUUGACUACGUUAAUGGGUUGCAAAGAUAUUUCAAGAAUUCUGCCUUGUGGUUCCAUAAUUUCCUUAGAAAAGAAAACAUAGCUAGUGCUACUAACUCGUCUCUAUUUUAUUCUGAGUGAUUAUGUUGAAUGAUCAUCACCAAAAUUCUAGAAGCAAGGAGAUAUUUUGCAGAAGUUAGAAAAAUCAAGAAAAAAAAAAGAUCAAUCUAAAAUAAUGAAAACAAUUUAAGAAUAAAGUCGAUGUAUAGAAUUGUGCAAGUUGAUGUAUUUUCUUUGAAUGUUAUUUUGUGACUUGUUUUGUGUAGGAGUACCAUUUGUAGAAUUGUGUGUGAUGGAGUAUUUUAGUAAAAAAUAUUUAUCAUG